AAGCGAUGAGGAAAAUGGGCGUGGGUCUAACUAAAGUUGACACAAUGGAAAGAAUAGCCUUUCGCUGCUUUCUUCUCUUCUGCGCACUGUGCUUUUCUUUGCUCGUAUGGUACGUUUUCGUUCUGCGCUUUGAAGUUCCAUCCAAGCAGCUAAACAAGGCCGCUCUCUUUGCUCGCUCUUCAAUCUUUUCUCUCAUUCUGUCUGGCAUUGAAAGAAGAGAUGGGAGAAGGAAAGGGCUUGACCCUGGUGCACCUUAUGGUGGUAGUCCUUAGCUUGGUGGCAUUCGGGUUUGCCAUUGCUGCUGAGAGAAGAAGAAGCGUUGGCACCAUAGUUAAAGAUGACAUAUCAAAUGCUACAUAUUGUGUGUACAACUCAGAUGUUGCCACUGGCUAUGGAGUGGGUGCUUUCUUGUUUCUCCUUUCAGGUGAAUCACUGUUGAUGGGUGUUACACGGUGCAUGUGUCUUGGAAGACCAUUAGCCCCGGGCAAUGACCGAGCUUGGUCUAUUAUUUAUUUUGUUUCAUCAUGGUUGACUUUCUUGGUUGCGGAAGCAUGUCUAAUAGCGGGUGCUACAAGGAAUGCUUAUCACACCAAGUAUCGUGGAAUGAUUUAUGCCCAGAAUUUCUCUUGUGAAACAUUGCGGAAAGGUGUCUUUAUUGCAGGAGCAGUGUUUGUGGUUGCCACAAUGAUUCUCAAUGUAUACUACUACAUGAAUUUCACCAAAGCAACCACCGCAACACCAGUUCACAAGGCAAAUCGAACAACUUCAACCGUUGGGAUGACUGGUUAUGCGUAAGAUUAAAUUAUUAGAGUUUUGCUUCUUGUUUUCAUUUGAGUUUGCGUGCCAUUGUAUUAAAACAACUGUAGUGAUAUGCUCGCGCUUUUCUAGUGACAUUACAGCGCAUUUAUGAACGUUCAGUGUCGAUUGAAAGGCAUGAUGAAGUGGUAAAUUUGUUCUGAGCAAUAUAAUUAGAUCAAAGAAAUAUAAGGGAGCGUCCAAUUUGAGCUUCACAAAAAUUUGGAGUAGGCCUGUUCUCUUUUAUUGAUUCUAAAAGAUGGUGGGAUGCAUACGCAUACUGAUGUUCCCUCGGCCUUAACCUUUGGAUGUCAGCCGUCUCCUGAUUUGGUGAUUUUCGUUAAGGUAGCUAUUGG